AUGGCAGAGACGCUCGCGCAACACUCCCCGGCCAGUAAGCAGCAGUCCUCUAUCUACACAUCACCGUUGGCGACGCAUAUAACGUCGGAGCGUGCAGUGAAAGUGGGCGGUCGGAGGCUCUCCAUAAGUUCCCGCUCGAAGCCAGCGGCUCCCACUGCCGACACCCGGAAGACCAGUCCCCCUGCAGCUGACACUGCUCCCGACUACCCGCGCCCAGCCGCGCCGGGUGAACAGCAGGAGCUCCACCAACAGCAGCAAGAGGAGGACGUUCCCAAGAAGAAGCAGGGCACUGGGGGCGACGAGCACGAGCGCCGCAUCCAGGAAAGCCUUUACCGCAAGGCGGAGCAGAACAGACCUAAGAAAGAAUUCUUGAAUGGUCCCAAGACGACGCAGAGAGUCAAUCAGCCGGCAGGGAAGAGCUUCGGUAUUUGA